AUGUCCAGGAACAAGGACCCCAGCUCGCUCUUGAACAUCCAGCAUGACUACCUCCAUGAGCGGAUCAAGGGCCUACAGCAACCCAAGGAGAUUUACUGCUUGAUCAUCGAUAGGAAGGUGGAGGCGAUUUUGUAUAGAACAUACACCAAGGAGCAACUAUUGCGGAUCGUGGCCUCGGUCGAGAUUAUCGAUGACGAGCGACGUAGAAACAGCUACAUGGCGGCGAUAUACCUAUGCAGCAAGACGAUUUACAACUUGAAGUGCAUCAUGGCCGAUGUCCAGACCAAGAGGUAUAAAAACGCCAUGGCGCUUUUUGCAUAUCAAGAUGAGCAGACCAACCCCGAGGCCACCAGUUUCUACCGCAACAAGUUUCUCAACAACCCCUCGGUGGUGCAGUUUUUCCAAAACAACUUCAACGAGAUGAAUUUCGAAUACAAUGCCGUUGAGACGCGCGUGUUUUUGGUCGAUGACAAGACCCCCAACUCGAUGCCCCUUUACUACAACCGCAAUGCUCAGCAGUUUGUCAUACCCCAGAUCAAAAAAGUGGCCUCGAGCUUGUUGAAUCUCAUGAUCUCGAUGCAGGAGUACCCCUUUAUCAGAUUCUACCAGCCUCCAGAUGCAACUUAUGAAGCCAAGACUUUGCCCGAGCUAAUUGCCGACGAGUUUCAACUCCAAAUGGAUGGUUAUUGUCGAGCUAAUGACAAUUAUCCGACACCCGAGGUCAGCGCCAAGACGAGAAGCGUCUUGCUCAUCACCGAUCGAACAAUUGACCUCUAUGCUCCCUUGCUACACGAGUUCACCUAUCAAGCCAUGGCCAAUGACAUUGUUGAAUCGUUGGAAAAGGAAGAUGUCUAUAGAUAUCAAAGCGAAAAUGAAAAAGGUGAGCUUAGUGACGUCCAAGUCAAGCUCAAUAAUGAAAACGAUGAAGACUGGGUGAAUCUAAGACACUCGCACAUCAUUGAAAGCUCCGAGCUCAUUGUCAACAAGAUUACAGACUUGAUCAAGAAUAACCCCUUGAUGAUUGAUAGAUCAAAGGCCUCAACUUCGUCUGAUUUGAUGCACAUUGUUGCCCAUCUCAAGGGGUUUGACGAAGAAAGGAAGCAGUUGACGAUGCACAAGUCUUUGAUUGAUAAAUGUCUUGAUAUUAACGCAUCGCGGAAAUUGGCCGAGUUUGCUGCCGAUUUCGAGCAAACUUGCUGUGCUCAAGGGGUAAGCUUUGAAGGCGAGAGAAAUAAGCACUUGCAUGACGACUUGGUGAUUUUACUUGCGAGAGAUGAUCUUCACAUUAAUGACAAGUUGAGACUUAUCUUGAUCUAUGCCUUUUACCGUGGAGGACUCAUCCGGUCUGAUUUUGAGAAGAUGAUCAAAUUUGUUGGUGUUGAAGAUAAACAUAUCCCAGGGUUAUGUGAGCGAUGUUUCAACAAUGUUGACAAACUUGGGUUUGAAAUUUUCAAAAAGAAAAUCAAAGAUCAACCAGCAAAUAAGCAAACUUUCCAUACCAUCAACAACGAAGGAACUUACAACACGUCACGGUUCACCCCUGGCCUCAAAACGAUUAUGCAAAACGUGGCCAAGUACUCGCUCGACCGCGAAUGGUUCCCUUAUUUCCGAGACAAGCCUCUAGAUGAGGAAAAUGUCGAUACCUCUAUCGAUAGAGCCAAGGGCAAGGACUUUUCCUUGCAGUCCUCCUCGAAUACGUUGCGCAAUACUCGAAUCAAAGCCAACUGGGCAAACACGCCAUCGUCAUCCUCCGGUGCCGGCGGCGGCGCCUCUGCCGCCUCUAAAAGAUUUGGCAAUGGUGCUCAAGCGAGACAACGGCAACGGAUUUUCUGCUAUGUGGCUGGCGGGAUCACCUAUAGUGAGAUUCGUUCCAUCUAUGAACUUUCCAACUCGCUAAACAAGGACUUUUACAUUGGCUCCGAAUCAAUAUUGAAGCCACGCGAUUUCCUUAUUGGACUUCAAAACCUUGGAGAUAAUAAGAAGUUGGAUCAAUUGGAUUUGAAUAUCGUUCGCGAGUCACAGGAAAGUAAUGAGAUCCCCCUUUAUUUAUACAACGAUGCAUCGAUCCCCAAACCGCGUCAAGCUCCUUCUUCAUCGGCAUCACCAUCACCACACCCACAGCAGCACCAUCAGAGCUACACAAUUGCCGCUAGUCCCAUGAACAAAUCUAUUCCUCCACAACCUCAAUUUGGACAAACGUCUUCGUUUGAAAAGCAAGUGGCUCAACAACAAGCAAUGUAUGUCUCAUCUCAUGGAGCACCAAACUCGUCGGGCCAUUAUCAAAAGCGCAGCUCUAGUAAUAAGGUUCCCGUUUUGGAGAAAGAUGAUUCGGCAAAGAGUCCUAGCAAGAGAUCCAAAUUGAAGAAAUUGUUCAAGUAG